AUGGAGCGGUGGCGCUCGCGACUACGCGCGUUCUACUGGGCGCACGACCCCCGCAAAGUCGAUCGCGUCGUCGAUAUCCUGGCUAACCAUCGGGGCAAAGAAGAAGCGUUUUUGCAGCGAGUGCACCGCGAAUUUGGCGUCCGUGACUUCAGCGGCGAAGAAGCGAUCGACGAUAUCUACGAGCACCAGCGCUACUCGUAUCUGAGCUUCUCGUGGGGUUCCUCCUUCCCCGGACACCUUCUACCGACAGACCGCCAUCAAUGGAGUGGACUACAUGGCUCACCGUCUAGCCAGACCCGCACGAAAGUGGAGCCUCAACUCCCUGUGAACUGGAAUUGGACAAGUGAUUGGGUUGUCGACAAAACCUCCUGUAAGUGUGACGCAGAUGGAUGGGUGUAUGCUUUGGACUUUACCAUGAUCAACUACUUGGUCAAGAAAGGUGAAGAGCGCAGUGAGCCGAAUGCAACCGACUAUGUGCGACGACGACGGUGGGUCCGGACACGACGUCGCCAUUUCUCGAUGGGUUUGGACAAAGUUGCGUUCGAUGCUGCGUGGAAAUCCGCUGUGCAAGACCUGGAACAAGUUUACUUGUGGUCAAAAGAGCAACGAGCGAAAACGAAGCAGAAGUGGGGGGUCAAGAAAGAAAAAAUAAAGCGACAGAUGCAUCUACUUGAGAAGACGAUCGUGUCGAUGCAAGCGGUUGCUCUAGAGGAAGAGCAAAAGCGACAACAGGAAAGAGCACAUAAAGCUACUCCCACAGAAGCCUCAAUGGACAGUCCAACGAAUGCCGUCAAUCUAGCAGCAAGAAUGCACUGCGCACAGUCGAAACUUGAUGCUCUGCGACGAUUCUACUGGCAUCCACGUGAGAAGGGCUACUCCCUGCGCUUCAGCAUUGACGGUAUAUUCUACGGACUUCGCGAUUUCUUCGUUGAAAGUUUCGCUGGAUCAUACUCGAUCCAGAUCAGUCACCAGACGAAUGGCGCGCAGGGAAUUACUCCAACGUGUAAAAUCUCGAUGAAAGGCCACACAGUUUGUUGCGGUAAACACGUGAAGGUUGUCGGGGAGAAAGGAACGCGCAUACCGAAGUCGAUCUGGGACAGCAUGUACAUGGACUCUGACUUUGAAGCCUCCAUCAACCUCAUCUACGUGGAGGAUAUUGAAGACCAAAGCGCCGUGGGUCAAGGUAGAUGGGAGUUCCUCUUUUCACCCGAGGCGACGUAUGUUGAGCUCAUUAACUUCACAAGACGCGUGAAAGGUGGUAUGGAUCUACCCGAGCCGAUGGUCCGCAAGCUCUGCUCUAAUGUGUUGAGCUCUCUUAUUCGAGAUUUGACAUUGCUUUACUUCCCGUCUGAACUGGCGUUAGCUUUCAAUUUGCCUCCAGCCAAACUUGAUCUUAAAGGGGAAAUCAAGAUAACCGGACUGUCUAUUGACCAUGUCAUGGAGAAAGAACUCAAGGAGAUGGACUUACAUGCGAUUCGAGAAGAACAAGCCAAGCAAAAGCUGCGCGAACAAGCAGGUCAAGCUAAUGGUGGAGAUGGAAAUACUACACGCCCUUCAAGUCCCAUCAAAGAUGCUGCCUCGGCUGCUGCACUAAUGUUCUCGUCGUUGCUGACUGGUUCGAACAAGGAAAUGCAAGCCAUUGCCGAGGUGUUGCACCUAUCUCUGCCGCAGUUCAACUUGCUCAUCGCUCUCAAAAACAGCAGCCUCUUUCCUGCUACGUACAGUUUCCGCUCACUCGCCUCGAUGUACAACGACGGGGAAAGGGAAACUCAAGACGAGAGACUUCGUGCUACGUGGAAGCGCGUCCUUGAACUGCUGUUUGAUAUCGACAAGUUGUUCGACACGAUCAAACGUUUGUCGAAGAAGCCAGCGAGUGUCCAAGUCUCGGUGAAGCAUUUUUACUCAACACUCAACGCUCUCAACGUCGUCGAGGCUCUAACAAAGCUGUACGAGCGCAUUGUACUCGGUAUCGACUAUAGCAAGCCACGGACCGGAGCAGAUGGCUUCAUUUAUGGAAUUCGUCUUGGACGGAAGGCUACCGUCCACCCGGCAAUGGCGAAGGCAGCCGCUGCAGCUGCAGCAUCAGCCGCAGUGAACUCGGACGGUGAGAUGCAUCCUGUGGGCUCACCUCCAGUUCUUGACUUGAGGCGAUAUCGACCAGCUGAGGUUUCAUUCCGGACUAGAGUCCAGGCAUUCAGUAACUUCUGGCAGACUUUGAAGAAGGUGAUUGAAUUUGUCCGAGAAAAUGUUGACGACGUGAGUGCUGAACUUGCUGGUAGUGUGAGGGGGACUGGUGAGGAUUGUGAGCUCAAUGGGUCGUUUAAAGAUGCCGACUAUCGUGGACCUUUAAGCAUGGGGCUAGCCGUGCCUCCAUGUUUCCUCGGUUUUUACCGUGCUGAGAUGGUUACCUUGGGGAACGAUCGUGUUGGAAUGCAACAAACUGUUAAAGCUUUGGAGCCUGUAGGACGUGUCAUGUUGGCAGAUUUAUCCACUGAAGUCCUCCUAGACCUCGACGCACUGAUAGCACGUGAAGAAGAGCGUGACGACGCUAAUGUACCGUUACCGUCAACUCCUAGGGCCUUGGGGCAGCUCAACGUCAGUACCAGCGAGUUCACCAAGCUCCACACCACAGCUAAAGCAGGAUCUUUCAUGCUACGGCUGCUGUCAAUCGCCGACUAUCUGUUCACACACUAUGUGCAACCUCACAUCAUGAAGGCGUUCCCACAGCAUCAGGUGUUGUUUGAUACAGCCAAAAGGAACAUAAUGGCAUUGCUACAGUCGCCAAAGCUCGAGUUGGACUUCGAUAUCAUGGCGAGAGCAUUUAUCCACGAAGACAAAAGCCUCAUGCUUACUUGUUGCGGUUCCCCGCUGCACCCAACACCAAUGACGUUCAAAGAUGAGGUGAACUUACUUGACAUUAUCCUGCAGGUGGAUGACCUGGUAAACAUUUGGAUCGACGAUCGGUAUCCACCGUACUCGAAUCCGCUUUACUUCUAA